AUGUUUAAAAUACUACCGGUCUUAGUCCUGGCGGCGUUAGCCGUUGAUACUUUUGGUCAACGCAUUAUUCAUCCGACGUAUAGGCCUCCUCCAAGAAAACCAAUAAUCAUUCGUACAGUUCGAGACACAGGUGAUCAAGAACCAUUGUGGCUUAAUCAAGGUGAAAUACCCAAAGCACCAUCAAGUGCCGAUCAUCCCGUUCUUCCUACUUACAUUGAUGACGUUAAGCUGGAUCCUAACAGGAGAUAUGUUCGUAGCGUUGACUCUCCAAGUGCUAGAAGAUCUGGGGGAAGUCACUCCUCUUCUCGCGGCAAUCAUGAUACAGGUGCGACACAUCCAGGAUAUAAUCGAAGAAACGCGCGAGAUACGGGUAAUCAAGAACCAUUGUGGCUAAAUCAGGGCGAUAUACCCAAAGCACCAUCAAGUGCCGAUCAUCCCGUUCUUCCUACUUACAUUGAUGAUGUUAGGUUGGAUCCAAACAGAAGAUAUGCUCGCAACAUUGGCUCAUCAAGAUCAAGUUUUCUGCCUCGACCAUCCUUACCUCGGCCAACGGGUCCAAAUAAUCCAUUCCCACGACCAGCACCUCCACGACGAACUUUUCCCAUUUAUGCUAAUCAU